GUGUAAAGGAGGCACAACAGCUACAGGACUGUCUUAAAUUGUGUUGUAUAUAGUUGAUCCAAAAACUUGAGAACCAUAUACACAAGAAAAAUGGUUUUAGGACAGGGUAAAAUUUCUAGUUUUACGUUCGCUCUCUGCAAAGUGUCUUCUAAAUAUUACUCUACAACAAAGACUAUUCAAAAAUCAGUGUUUAUAUCGCAGUCGAAAGACGUCUUUGAAAAUUUAGCACUUGAAGAAUGGUUGUAUAGUAAUAUGAACUUUAAGAAUCAUCACGUGCUAAUGUUGUGGAGAAAUGACCCUUGUAUUAUAAUGGGUAGGCACGCAAACCCGUGGGUAGAUAUUGGUAACAAUCAAAAAAGCAAUAUGCAGAUAGCACGUAGACAGAGUGCUGGAAAGACAGUUUACCAAGAUAAUGGAAAUCUUAAUUUCACAUUUUUUGCGCCUUCUAAACAUCUUAUGCAAACACACAAUCUGGAAGUAAUCAAAAGAGCUAUAUUUAGAAAAUACAGUAUCCAUAUAGAUGUUGAAAACAAUAAAUUAUUCCUUAGGAACAUGAAACUAGGUGAAGCUGCCUUAAAAAUUGGCUACCCAAAUUCUUACCACCAUUGUAGUAUCAGAGUGGAAAAUAGUAAACAAGAGUUUGAAAAGAAAAUGUGGAAUUUGAAUUGUGAAAACCAUAAAGUCACUGUAAGUGGAAUGUUAAGUGCAGUGGGAUGGGAAUUUUUGAGGACAGAUAUGGUAACUCUAAUUGAUGGGGGACAAGAAGAAGCAAAUAAACAAAAAGGAUUUCAUAUGGUCAAUCCUAAAGAAGCAUGGUUUCCAGGAAUCAAUUCAAUCAAAGAAAAGCUGGAAUCGUGGGAGUGGUGCUAUGGAUAUCCUCAUGAUUUUACAGUAACUCGCUCUUUAAGAAUUCCUUUAGAAUUUUCAAAACCAGAUUUCGAUUCAAAGGAGAAUAUGAAGCUAAAAAUUGUUAUUAAAAAGGGUAUUGUUAGUGAUAUAUUUUUUUUUAUUCCGCCUGGUCUAACAAAUACCGGUUUUACUGGAGAAGCAAGUGUUAUUUCAAAUAUCAAAGGCCAAAAAUUUAACAAACAUAUUCUUCAAUAUUUAAUGGCAUCGUUAGGACAAAGUGAAGACAGUUCUGAUAAAGAGAAGGCCAUCAAUCAACAUAUGCAAAGGGUCGUGACAUCUCUUUAAUUAAUACAUAAUUUUAUCAUUGUUUAUUUUGAGUUAAUUUGUGUAACUGCUUUUCCAUUUAAUUAAAUUUCCUAAGGACAUGCAUUAAUUGCAUGCUUUUAUAUUUUAGUCGCUUUUAUCGCUAUUGUCGCAGUGUACAAA